CCCGCGGCCGGACAAAGACAGUGUGACUGAGUGUGGGAGAGGAAUGGCGCCGGCGGCUGAAGGAACAAGAACAGAAACCGCUGGAAAAGCUGAGCAGGUCCGGCAGCUCGUGUUGAGAGAAAUGUGAGGACGUGUUUCGGGUCCGGGGACCCUUCUUCAGAACAGGACCAGGUUUCAGAAACAUCCCGGGGAGGUCGCCAGGUCCGAGCGCCAAGACCCGGCUCCUGCCCCCGGGGAGAGGAGACAGUGAGACAGGGUUAUUUGAAGAUCUGAAGAAGGAAAUUUCAAAAUCGACAGAUGAAGGCCUCAUGCCCGAAGCAUUGACUUCUGAUCCUCGGAUGCUGCCUGACCUACAGUGCUUUUCCAGCGUCACACUUUUGAACUCUUGUCUCCAGCAUCUGCAAUCCUCACUUUCACAUCAAUGUCUGACAGUGACACUGGGACAUCGGGACUGCAACGAAUUUUGUGAUUCUGUGAGAAGGAGCAAAGCGUUUGCUUCCUGUUCGAAUACAUUUUCAGAAUCCGUGGGACUGGAUGAGAGACCCUACGUUGCAGCGCAGUGAGUGUGGAGCCUGAAACAGUUAUACGGCCUAGAAAGAGGAAUUUCACGGCAGGGUGGGGCUGUACCCACGUUUUGUGCAGCUGAAGCUUCGGCCAUGGAGAAACCCGAGGAGUCCCGCACUGUGAAGAAACCGUGGAACUGUGGCGACUGUGGGAAAGGCUUCUGUGCCCCGUCUGCUCUGGAGACUCAUCGGCGCAGUCACACCGGUGAGAGGCCCUUCAGCUGCCCCGAGUGCAGGAAGGGUUUACCCAGGCAUCCACCGUGCUGACCCACCAGCGGGUCCACAUGGGGGAGAGGCCUUUCAGCUACCAUGAGUGUGGGAAGGCCUUCAGCAAUUCCUUUGCCCUGCUGAGGCACCAGCGAAUCCACAAGGGGGAGAGGCCACUCUCCUGCUCCGAGUGCAGGAAGGCCUUCAGUGAUUCCUCCCACCGGCGGGUCCACACAGGGGAGAGGCCCUUCAUCUGCUCCGAGUGCAGGAAAGCCUUCACCCAGGCCUCUGCCCUGCUGAUCCACCAGCGGCUCCACACAUGGAAGCGGCCCUUCAGCUGCCCAGAGUGCGGUAAAGGCUUCAGCGAUUCCUCCACCCUUCAGACCCACCAGCGGGUCCACACGGGGGAGAGGCCCUUCAGCUGCUGUGAAUGCGGGAAGUGCUUUACCCAGGCCUCUGCCCGGCUAAGACACCAGCGGUCCCACACCGGGGAGAGGCCCUUCAGGUGCCCCGAGUGCGGGAAGGGCUUUGCUCGGGCCUCCAACCUCCAGACCCACCAGCGGAUCCACACGGGGGAGAGGCCAUUCCCCUGCACAGAGUGUGGGAAGGCCUUCAGCAAUUGCUCCGACCUGGUGAGGCACCGGCGAGUCCACACGGGGGAGCAGCCCUUCAGGUGCUCCACAUGCGGGAAGGGCUUUACCCAGGCCUCCACCCUGUUGGCCCACCGGCAGCUCCACACUGGGGAGAGGCUGUUCAUCUGCACCGAAUGUGGGAAGGGCUUCAGCAAUUCCUUCACCCUGCUGACCCACCAGCGGGUCCACACGGGAGAGAGGCCGUUCCCCUGCACAGAGUGCAGGAAGGCCUUCAACAGUUCCUCCGACAGGCUGAAGCACCAGCGGUUCCACACGGGGGAGAGGCCCUUCAGCUGCCCAGAGUGCAGGAAGGGCUUUACCCAGGCCUCUGACCUGCUGAGGCACCAGCGGGUCCACACAGGGGAGAGGCCAUUCACCUGCUUUAGCCGCUCCUCCCACCUGCAGAGACACCAGAGAGUUCACAUGCCAUCGCAGGGGGUUUAAAGCAGCGACGGCUGAGUGCCUUUAUCGACUGGACUAUCAACCCAGUUCCGGGAGCUGCCAAGGCAGAUGGCGGAAUUGGAAUUCGGUUAGAAAUCUGGAGUUCAGAAUCUAACAACGAAACAAUUGUCAGGGAGGGGAGGGGGAACCCCCAUCUGAUUCACUCACAACCUUUUUAGGGAAGGAAACUGCUGUUGUGGGAACGGAUUCACUCGCUCGUCCCCGUGCAUCCUUUACCCGGGCUGGCCUACACGUGACUCCAGACCCACAGCAGUCUGGUUGACUAUUCUGCAUGCUGACCCCCCCCCCCCCCCCACCCCAACUCCAGCCGAUGAGGGGGGAGAAACCUACUUGGAGACAAGGUAUGGGUUUAAAUUGGUGCAUGAGGCAAUACUUCUAGUUUAUGGCUAUGCCAAGGAUCCAAUUACAAAAGGACAACUCUGUGCUGACAAAUAGUAAAGAAAGUGGGGGUGAGGGGGCGGGGGGAGAAGUGUGUGUGCUUUGACCUUGAGCUGUUUUAAAAAAAAAACUUUUUCUACACCUUUUUGCUGGGGGAUGUGAAGCUGUAACAAAGUUGGGUCAUAAUAAAGGGUUACCUGAACUUG